UUGUCUGUUCAGGAGCUUGAAGAGGCUUUCCAAGAGUUGCCAUUUUGAGGUGACUAAGAGGGUUGGGUGGCUGCUAGCCUGCUUUGAACUUCAUUUUCUCAGUGGGACUGUCCCUUAACAAAGGCAGUCUGGAUCAAACUCCUUGAGACCUUGGUACUGUUAUCAUUAGCUUCGAUGGUUCUUUCUGUUUUUAGCAACCUGUCUUUAACUUGCGACAAAAUCCAUUAGUGUGCCAUGAUACUAAUGACCCUUCUUCCCCACACCCUGCCCCAGCAUUUGUAAAUGGAAGUUGAAUUCAAUGUUUGGGUAUUAACUGAACAUUACUACUGUAGGUGGUGGUGGUGCUGUCAUGACAUUCUGCAAGUUUUGGAUUUUUCUAGUGUCUCUCUUUUUUCUGUAAUGGUAGCUUUUCUUGGAUUGUCAAUUUUUUUGCAUUUGUUGAAUGGGCUUUGAGUCACUAAUGCCUCCUAAUUUUGCCAUAUGAAAGUUACCCUUUAGUGUUUCAAUGCACUUCAAACAUUGUUAAUUUUAUGUUUUGUUUCAGCAAUACAAUAUUUCAAAAACUGGCUUUUCAAUGUUGGUGCAAGGCUGGAGUUUUUCAAUUUUUUUGUAAAACCAAUAAAAUGUCUUCAAGAAAGGGUAAUUGCUCAGAACAGUCUGUUUUAAACAGGUAGUUGUCUAGCAGUUUAUGAACUGUGUUUAUUUUUAAGUAUCUGAAAUUCCUUUCUUGUGUAACGGUUUCUGUUUUUCAGUGCACAAUUUUAGGACUGUACUGCUGGAGCAUAAUAUACUGUCAUUGUAUUUUUGCUUUAUUUUUUAACCCUGUGAUGAUGACAUUCUUUCAGUUGCAAGAGUUACCGUCCUUAGUGGCUGAUGAUGCUUCCUUAGAGUAUAUUGCUAUUUAUCAUGAGCAGUAUAUUAUAGGAAGACAAUACAAGGAAGUUUCUAGUGUGAACUAGGACAGCUUUUUGUACAGGACAGAAGAUAGCAUAGUAAACUCCAGCAAGUUGCAUAAGUGGAGUUUCUGUCUCUUGUGGAUGCUUGACGUUUCAAGAAGAGAGGUUUAACUCUUGUUAGAUAUUUAGAAAACUGUUCUGAAAGAGAGUAACUAGCCAUAUAUCCCCUGAACCAGGUAAUAAUAAAAUGCAGAGGUUGAAACUUGGUGUUUUUCACUUGAAAUUGCAAGGAGUUUAGUUGUGUAUUUAGACUGUCUGUAGUCUGUGGAAGUAUUCCUUGAUCAGUACACGGUGGUGUCUUGUUAGCUGAAGGUAGUCAUGAGAGUAAAAACUGUUCCGGGACAGUUGCUUUCUCGUCAAGUGAGUAAUUUAACUAACAUGUAAGUCCUGGGCUUUUUACUUUGAAAUGCACUAGAAAGAGAAUGAAUGUUAGUGAGGUGUGUGUUUUCACCUACUGUCUUAGUAUGGAAGCUGUUGCAUUUUUAGUUUAGCCAGUUUUACUUUGAAAUCUACAUUUUAAACUAGUGAAAACCUUUUAAAGUGGCCAAGAUGCAAAUGUUUGCAAGUAUACUUUACCAUGGCCUGUGGGACUCUGUAUAUAUUUUUGAUUCAGACUGUGGUUUCACUCAUGUUUUUCUCAAUGUCUGUAUAAGAUGGAGUUGAUCUCAGCUGCCUUCUUCUGUCUUUGUGCUGUUCCUUUACUUAGGCAGAAGUGUUGUUUGGUUUGCGUUUUUUCAGUGUGUCAUGGCAUGGUGAUGUGGAUCAAGGAAUAACUAGUGAAACAUAGUGAGGUUUUGGUUUUUUGGGUUUUUUUAUUUUUUUAAUUUGGGUGGGGGUUUUUUCCCCCCCUCCUAGGUAGGUCCAUUUCAUGACCAUGUAAAACCACAGCGAGGAGUUUUGGUCAAACUUGGUAAGACAGAAUAGGAACAAAAAUAAGUGCCAGUGGCUGGACCAUCUUCUCUCUUUUCCCUAAAUGCUGAACGUAAUGCAAGAGGUCAUGCCUGCGGGUAUGUUAGCCUGAGGUGCUAUGGAUUUCCUAAUCCUAAACCAUUAAUAAAACCUUUUUUUUACCUUAUUUCUUCUAAGCUGUGCUUAUGCUAAAUCUUUGUCCAAGGAGAAGUGGGGCAUCAGCUUUAUGUUUGGCUUACCCAGUUUCUUCUAGCCAGCUCUUAAAUUACAUUAGGUCUGGCUGAUGAAGCUUUUCUGAAAGACAGGAUGGAAGGAGGAAAACCAUGUCCUGCCACCCAAAAGUAAGUGGAUAGCCAAGUUAUCUAUUAAAUGUAAAAGAAGUACAGAGCCCAUGUGUAAAGCAGAGACCAAAUUUGUAAUCAUCAAAGAACCUAAAAGUCAUGGCCCCAACAGCAAGUCCCUUCCCAUCAGGUGACUCGUUCAGCAAUUUGAUUUAGCUGAUGUAGUUAUGCAUGUAAAAAAGUCCAUGUAAAAGCCUUACUGGACAAGCUUCUCCCUAUUCCUAUCUUUUGCUGGUAGAAAGAAAAAAAGGAAUGUAUGCUGCUUUCCUUCCUCAAAUAUAUUCAAGUUGGCUGGAAAAUGUUCCCUCUGUAGUAUCUGUCACUCUUUAGCAGGGUUCAUGAAGUAGCCUAAUGCUUAAAGCUUUGAUAUGCCACAAUGCAAGCUGUUAACACUUGAUUGAAAUCACUCUGUGCUUGCAUACUUGACUAUCCAUUGCAGGAUACCUGUAAAGGUAGGAAAGGGACAAGUUAAGGAUUUUUCAAACUCCCUUUUUAGACCACUUACGAAUGAAAAUUGUUUUUGUAAAUAUGAUCAAGAAGAUGAUCUUUUGAAAGUGCAAAGCUCACAAGAGAAAAACAUGUCUUAGUCUGCAAAAGUGAAAUGCAAGACUUCACUUUGUUAUUAAGUAGAACUCAGAAUUUCCAGCUUUAAGAAAAGGUGCAGUCUGGCACUGGCGUUUGUCUUUAAAAAUAUUAGCAAGGCUAGUGGUUUAUAUUAAAUGGCAAUAAAAACACGCUAUUUCUUGAGUGUAAGAGCUGCUUUAGUGUUUCUCUUUGCAGGUGAGAAUAAAGCUCCUAAAUUGAGGGUUUUGGAGAUUUUUGACUAUAUAAUAUUUUAGCUAAAUUGUCCUUUUGCUUCCCUUUACUGCCUUAUUCAUGCGUUGGGUUUUUUCCUCUCUGGAUUUCUUUCUCCAUUAGAAGCUUUUUAUAAUCAUUCUUUUCUGUCUUAAAAGAAUAAUUUGUUUAGACUUUAGUCAUCAUCUUUAGCUGAUAGUAGAGGAGAUGUCAUUAGAUGACUAAAUGGGUUUUUUCAGUGCUUGAGUACACUGUCACUCCAGUAUUUCCCAUUCCUCUCUGCCAUUACCCACCUGUACUGUAGUCUACAGUAUUUAUUAUUUUGUCUGCUUUGUGCAAGAUCUUGUGUAAACUCAAUCAGUCCUAACUCUGGAAAGUUUAUUUCUAAAUUAUAAUAUAAAAAGGUGCAGCAGAACGAGAAAAAAGUGAAUGAGAACAAAGAUGUGAAGAUGUGAUUUCUUUCAGGGUCUAAAUAGGUACAUAAUUACUGUAUUUUGUAAUUGGCAACUAAAGUGUUCAAAAAUCAUGAUUAACAUCUUCUGAAAUCAAAUGGCUUAAAAAUGAAUUGGAAAAGGCUUUAGAAGAUAAUAUUGAAAUUUCAGAGUUACUUGCUUCUUGUAAUGCUUUAGGGGUUUGAAGUUUCCAAACUGUCCUCUACAGCUAAAAAUAAAAGCUUAAAACAAUCCAAGGGGUAAAAAGCAGACAGAAGUAAAAUUUAUUGUUUUGAAUGAGAGAAAUGGCAAGUUGAAAACCAUGAUAUAUUUAGGAAUGUGAUUAUUUUAAGAAGAGUUCUGAAGAUAGUAGCAGCUGUCCAUGUUACUAUCAAGAUGUUCAGCUUUUUCAAGUGAUGAGCUGGUAGUGAAACAUAAAUCUGGUGAUACUGAAUGUGCUAGAAUCAAUCAUUUUCCUGCUUUCAAAUCCCAGACAGCAGCCAGAAACAGCACAUAAUGUGGCUGGCUUCUCUGCUGAUGACCUUUUUUGAGGACUACUGAGAUAAUUAAAAUGAUGAUACAGUAAAAAUCACCCAAAGGACAUAGUUUUCAAUGACAUCACUACCUGGAAUCACCAUGAAGAGGAAAUGUUAUAAACAUGGUGAAAAGUUAAGCCUAAAUGGAUGAUGUCUGUCCACUACUACAUCCAAAAGUAAUUGUUACUUCAAUUUUGUAACACUCUGUAGUGUCUCAGGCUGUAUUUUAUCAGCAAAGACGAUUUUGGGGCAUUAUUGUAUCAGAAGAAAUGGGACAUUCAUGAGGAGGUAUUUUUUAAGAGUUCAGGAAAGUGUCACAAAUGAAAAUUUUAAACUAGGAAGAUGGAAGCUCAGUGGUGGAAAUAUUUUCAAUGCUGCUGUCAGUUACCUGAUGGAAUAUUUUUUGUCAGUUUUUGGAGUUGGCAUUGUUAGGACAAUUUUAGAAAGAUGAAUGUCUCAGUAAAUCUGUGAAUUGCAUAUUCUAUCACUGCAGUGAUAGAAUAGAUCAGAUAUAGCAACAGAUCCUGUCCAGUUCAGUUAUCUAUUAAAUGUAAAAGAAGUACAGAGCCCAUCUGUAAAGCAGAGACCAAAUUUGUAAUCAUCAAAGAACCUAAAAGUCAUGGCCCAAACAACAAGUAUUAAGUCAUCCCCUGGUGUGCUGAUAAAAAUCUUUCCUUAAAAUGUGUCUGUUUUGGCAGUUAUAGUAGAUAUGGGGAACUUUCUAUUCAAGUAAAUGCCCUGGUGCUUUAAAGGCACUGAACUGCUUCCAUGUUUUUAGACACUGGUGUCAGGUAUGCAUUCAGACAAAAUACUUGUUGUAGUUAGCUCCUCAAUUUGUCCAGCUUACCACCACAUGCAAUUGGGGCAAGAUUUAUAAAACUUUAGGUAAAAGGAAUUGCGGAAGAGAUAGAUAUUUGUUAAUAUUUGAAAUUCUUCAUGCCACCUGUUAAAAUGCUUGUGUUAAAAUGCUUGCCACAUUUGUUGUAGUCUAAUUAUACUCUUUUGAUGGCUGGAGCUUCUACACUUCCUAGAAGUGAUGGUUACAGAAGCAUGUGAAAGGGACUCUUAUUGAAAUUAUGCUUUAGACUGCAUACAUGGCACGGAGGGGGUGUGAAGAAGAGAUCUUUUCUUUUCACCCAUCCUACCUGCUUAUUCAAUUUAGAAGCUCACUGUGAUGUUUCACAUUAAAAUGUAGCAUGAAAGUACUAUGGCACAGAAGUAACAGCUUUUUUGUUUUGCUUUAAACUGUCCCUGAAUAAUCUUGAUCUGAGGGAGAUGGCUAUCUCCCGGUUCUGUUUUCUUAAAGCAGGUAACUUUAAAAAUCAGAACUUCUUUUUCUGGUUAAGAACAUAAACAUCCAUUCUAGGAAAUCUAGGUUGUAAUUUUAAAAAAAUUAACUGUAAGCUUAGGAGUCCUUGCCAGUGCUGUACUUGCCCUUCCUCAGGAAGUACAUAGAUUUUUUUUUUUUCCCCCUUGGGACCUCUGACAUGGUUAAAGCAAUGAUUACUUAGGUUGCAAGUGACUCUGGUUGUAAAUGACUCUGGAGAGCUUGAAACAGCUGAUGAAAAUAUCUGUGAAAGGUUUCCUGUUUUUAUAAACUUUUUUUGGAUAGUUAUACAUUGUUAGCAAUUUAUUUGCUGACUGAAUUAAAAACUAUAGUUUUAUUAUCAGAUUAAUUAAUUCAGGUGGGCAGUGUCUGUAAUGCUAUGGUACUGAGGUCAUGCUGACAGAGGAAAGACUUCCAUAUGAUAUUUCUUAGGGUGACCUGUACUUAAAGAAUUGCCCUUUAUUGGGUAAAGUAGUGUGCACUGCAUAGAUGUUCACCUAAAUGGCAAAAUCUCUAGAAAAUUAUUUUUCCUUGGCAUGCUCUCUGAAAACCAGAGCUUAACUUGAUCAGGUGGAAUACAAAUCUGAAUAGGAGAACAUAACAGGAUAGUACAUUUUGAGUUCUUUAUUUUCAUGUUCUUUAGUUACAUGCUGUUGGUGAUACUUGAACUUCUCGGUGUUAAACUAGCUUGAGCCUUUGUGUUUAACUUAGUGUUAAAACGUCUUUUUCAAAAGAGGUUCAGGGAUAUUAUGCUUGUCAUUAUUCUUGGUCUUGCAACACAAUCAGUGCGUAUUUGUAGGGGCUGAGUUUGGGCAGUAAUAGUUUGUGGAUGUAAUGGAGCUACAGUCUGGGACCAGAAGUCUAAAUGGGUUAUUAUCUUCAGAAAGUCCCAAAACAGUGUGGGUGGAGUGGUGGGAAGGAAUUUACUAUACUGCCUUCACAACUCUAGAGUAGGAGCCCUCUCAAAAGUAGCAGGGCUAUGUGAAAUGGAAGGUGAAAACUACAGCGAUGUGGCCUUCAGAAAGCUUCCUUAGUUUUCUUCAGAACUGUAGAGGUAUUUGGAAAGCAUUUGCACAGCAGAUAGAGCAGGCUCUAAUAACCACAGCUAUUCUUAGCCUCCUUUCCACCUUAGGUUUUAGACGUGCUUAUUCCGAGCCUUGUCCCAGCCCUCCUGCGCGUGACCUGGGUGCAUCGUUCCGCGUUCAGCCCGUGGCCCAGCUCCAGUGGUGCUCGCCCCAUUCUGUGCUCGUGCAAAUCAACCUGCGCGACCGGCGGCACCUCAGGCUUCGUAUAUGUCGUAUGUGAGAACGUGAUUAAAUAAAACCAGACAUGCUGUAAAUACAGAGUCGUGCCGGCUAUGAGCAUGCAGGCUUGGGUAGAACCGGAGGAAAUCACGGCUGUGAGUGGUCCUGCCCGGUUUGCGUCUGCUGGGCGGUGCUGGGGCUGGCUCCUCACUUUACAGCCCGCAGUCGUGGGCGACGGGACGGCGAUUCCCUGGCCGGGACAGCCUCCCCGUUCUUGUCCUGGUGUGCCCGCGGAGCGGGGCCGCGACCCCAGUGCCGCAGGGGUUAAGGGCGGCGGGGCCGCGGCGCUCUGCAAAGCCGUGAAGUAAAAAGGAAGUGCAUUGCAAAAUGCUGAGCUCAAUAGGCUGGCUCCCGGCCAAGCCCUCGCCUGCCCCGGCACAGCUGAGGCUGGUGCGCGCUCGCUGGCGGCGCGGGCCCGCGGCGCUGUUGAGGAAUGCCGCGGCCGGUGACGUCAGCGGCCGGCGGUUCAGCCGGGGGACAGGCGGGCAGGCCCCGCCCCGCCCGCGCUGCGGCGGGAACGCGGCGCGCGCUUUAACGGGAAAUGACGAGGGCCCUGCUGGGUCUGGAGAGCAGUGCUGCCCGUGAGCCCGGGAAGGGCUCUGAGCUCACCAUCGGCUCUGCCGCCCUCCCUCUGCUGUCCGCCGGGUGAGAGAAGUGCUACGGCGCUAAAGCACAGUCAGUGCUGCCAUCGCAGCCCCUUAGUUCAUAAAUCUUGGGAGAGCUUAUCUAGGAAGGUAUCUUGAGGGUGGCAAGGUGUUAAGCAUUUUCGUUAAAAGUGAAUAAAAUUACCCAGGUUUUGGGUUUGAUUGGGUGAUGAAUCUUCUGGGUGAUACUCUCUGCAGCUCUAUAAUCAGAUUUCAGGGUGGAUCUAUGCUUUUUGAUUAUUAUGAAACAAAUGAAAAAAAGAAAAAAAAAAUCAUACCUGGACAAUAUUCCAGGCUUGUGCAAGAGUGACAAAAAGAAUUUUUCACUGUCAGCCUUACCAGCCGUAUAAGUAAGUGGAACAUUACUUAAAUGUUUCCUCUUAUUAAAAGGAUUUUGGGAGACUUGCUGGUUGCAGAACCUUCUGGGCUGACUGGAUACUUGCUUAGCAGGUCCAGGCAGCUUUUUUUGAAGCUGCUCUCUUGGCGGUUUUUUUUGUGGUUUUUUUUGUUUUUUUUUUUUUUUUUUUUUUUUUAAUUCAGUAUUUUGUGGUCUACCUUCCUCUCCUGUAACCAGUCUUGCUGCUUGUAAUCUUCAAUGUUAAAUCUCCAGAACUUCUGGGGCAGUGCUUCUCAUUACAUUUCUCUGGUCAGUGUACACUUGUCACAGCGGUAUAAUGCUUCUAUAUAAAUUAGAAUUAUAGGUUGCAGGUCUCUUUUCAGAGUUGAAGUAGAAAUAUAUGAUGGAAUUUUUAAACUAAUAGUUCAGUGAAGGAAAGGUGAGGUCGUAAAAAACUUCAAGAGAAGUUUUUCUCUUUCCUCUCCCAUUCUUCCUGUCCGGUUAAUGAUAUUGCAGCUAUUGGUGACAUUGGUAUAGAUGUGUUCCUGAUAGAGCAGCUUGUUCUUGCAAGGCAGGUCUAGUUCAUGAAAUUCACUGCCAAAUGGUAUUGGGGCCAAGUCUUAAUCAGAGCCAAAAAACAUCAUAAGUAGUAGCAUGGAAAAACAUCUUUUAAAAUUUGAUACAUCAUCUAUGGUUGGUAAUUUAGGGGUCAGAAGUAGUAAAUUUAUUUUGUAUUGUUGUGGUGCUGCAUGACUCUGUAUGAGUCACUCUGCUUUGUGUGUGUUGCUUUCUCCACUGUCUUGUCUGUUGCAGAUUAUUAUUAAAUCUUAUGACUGCUACUGAACAGUGCAUACUGUAGUGGUGCCUCAAGUUCUGUCUGGGCAGUAGUGACACAAUGUGACUAUGAGGAAGCCUCUGGGUUGCCUCUGUGAAUCAGACUAGUUUGUACCUCUCAUUCCACUGAGUGUGAUAUGGGAUUUCCUCUUGAGCUAUAAAAUGACUAAGUCUAGUUAAAUGCAGCAUAAACCAUAUAAAAUAGGAGUUUGGAUCUUUCAAUCUUUCUAAAUAUUGCAAGCUAUUUAAUAGAAAUGGCCUACACUGUGCUCAAGCCCUGAGAGACUCAUUGUGGUUCUGUAUUUCUGAAAAAAAAAACCAAAAAAAAAAAAGGCACCAGACAAAGCUUAACUCUUACUUCUGAAGCUCACUGUCAGAGGUUUAAUUUGAUAUAUGGAGAUGGAUUUUGUUAGACUGCCUAUCUUUUUACUAAAUCUUUGAAUUAACAUGGGAGAGACAGUAUUGUUGUGUAGUUGUUUUUUUUGGUGUUAUGGUAUAUAAGUUCCUCAUAUUUGAUAUUUGACUUCUCUUCAGAACCAGUUUUUAUGUGCAGUAUGCAUAUUCCCUGAAGUAUCUUGUCAUCAUGACUCAUAAUGAGAGAAACUUAGCAGCAGUUCUGAGAGAGAGGCCCUUUUCCUGUUAAGAUGUGAACCCUGUGCUGUAUCCACUGAGAAAUCCUGUCCAUUUACUAUAAACUAUAAUUUUGGAAAAAAACCCAAAAAAACAAAUAACCCCCCCCACACAAACAGGAAAUAAACAAAACCUCCACAAACAAACACCAAACCAAAAAAAACCACGAACCCACAAAUAAACCAACAAAACCAACCAGCUAAACCCCAGAACUAUAGAGUGGUGUUGAAGUACUGGUGCCUGAGUGGCACAUUUUUCCUUUUCUGCUUGACUGGCUGAUGGUCCUGUCCUGUAUAGGUUUUUUCCAUCCGUACUGGAGCAAUAUUCCCAGUUCAGUUCAAUGUCAGUUUAAGUGUACAGGAAGAAAGCAGCAAAAGACUUGAAAAAAAAUCUCAAAUCAUAUAGUAGCACCCCCUUUACAAUUACAGGCAUUGUGUCACUGAUAAUGGGACGCAGUAUUAAUCAAGAGAUCAAAUAUCCAGUAAGUGCCUUGUAUGUACGAACUGAUUUCUCAGGAUCCUUAUUUCCCUGACAGUGUAUUAAGUGCCAUGUUGGAUUUUUUUUUUCCUGUGUCAGUUUUUUUGGCAAAGGGGUGAAUUUGUGUCCUUAAGGCCUAAUACCUAAGAAAAUUUGAAACUCAUCAUGUUCUUGCCUCACUUCUUCUCUAGAGGCAUUAACCAGAAGUAACUUCACAUACAGCUUCUACAGAAACUACUUUUGCAAGGGCUGUGAUUAAGGACACCCCAUCUCGUUCCCCUGCUUUUCCCCCACUAUAUCAGUUUUUUGGGACAUCCCAUCUAGUGAACUCCUGAACCCAGAGAGCUGACAGUAGAAUACUCUCACAGCUAGCAGAUAAAUUAGGAAUAAUAAAUUAGGUAGCUAUUUGAUUAGGUAAGAAAAUAACACCCAACAUAAACCAUUUCCUGAGUAUUACGAAUAGCCAGAAGUGAUUGUUCUUUCAUGCAGCAAAGGCAUUUCUAAUGAUUCUGAAAGGAAUCCUUGCAGAAGAUGAGUGUAAAAGUUUUCCGAAUGUCUCCUAUCCAUUGUCCCUCCCCCUUUUUUUCAUGUGCCAUACUACAAAACUGGCUCUUGUUCUGCUACUGUUUUUAGUUUGCAUGGAGUAGAGAUGAAAAUGCCUGUCUACCUUUAAAAUAUCUGAUUUUUUUGGGUGGUUGGUUGGUGAUGUUUCUUCUUCCUCUGUCCUUUCUGGUUUGGAGAAUCAGGAGAAUGAAAAUCACUCCUGAUGAUUGCCUUGAUGGGAUUUGGAUAUGGUAGUGGUGACAAAUAACUUUUCUUUCUCAUCCCCUUUGCUGUGUAUCAUUUCCUUUUCUACUUCUCCUUCUCCAGCUUUCUCUUCAGGUCUGUGUGCUCAACAUCCCAUAUUGUGCUUGUAUCAGAAUGUGAGCUAUUGUGUAGGACAAAAUUAUUGGUGCCCUUUGCCAGGAUAUUCUGGGGGAUUGAAGGAAUCCCAAUUGAGCAGCAAGGAGAAACAAUGUUAAUGUCUCUGGAAACUCUAUACAAAAUGCAGCAUGUGGUUCAGAGAACUCUGUUGCUCAGUGUAGGCUUAAUGCAAGUAACUGGUUUUACUAUCAUAAAUUAUGUUAAUUUUUCUCUCAUUAUUUGAGUAACAGUAAAAUAACUAUCCCCAAGUACCUGUGGUUAAAUGUGUAGAAGGAGCGUUUUCUCAAACAUUUGUUGAAAUCAGUGCCCAUAGAAAAAUUUGUUAACUUUGAACUCUUUUAUCACGUUUAUCCAAACGUUGUUGUGAAUCUUGUGGUCUUUUAGUUUGAAUUGUGAUUUACUAUGUUCCACUCUUAUACCUUAUUCUGUAUAAUAUAAACUGCACUUUAUUACCUUUAGUAUGUAAAUGGCACAGGUCAUUGUGCUGGGUGUAUCUUUUGUGUGCCUACCAAAGCAAGACACUGGUUGGUGUGGUUUGGAUGUGUCUGGCCUGGGCUAGCAGGAGGCCUGAGGCAGAAAAAAAUGGAUCCUGUUUUGUUAAAAAGGAUUUGGUUAUACCAAGAAAUAAAAUCUUGUUCUAGCCUUGAAGCAUAUCACAGAUCUGUUUGGUGGUAGCUGGCAAAUUCUUGUAACAUGGUGUGGUACUUGUGUCACAAAGGUACUAUAAUAGUACAUAGAGAUACAGCAGUGUCUGCAUUUUUCUAGUGCUUUGAGAUUUGUUGUAUCUCUAGGAGCAGACUGGAAGAGUACAGAUGGGGUUUCAACUGGCUUCAUGACAUUUUGAAAACUUUCUCUUGAGGCUAUGCUCUUUGAAGUGACAGUUGCUUCAGAGAUCUUUAUAAUUGAUAUUGUUGUAAAGCUAACAAAUAAAAAAUGGUAAGAAAAAUAUGCACAGGUUGUGAUAUAGUUGCUCCUUCCUGGGUGGAAUUACAUAGUGUUUUUAAUGAGAAUCUAUUAAAACCUAUUAGCUGCAAAUUGAGUAAUGUAGAAGUACAGUAUCUGGGUUUUUAUGUUGAUAAUGGCACAAAAAUUAUUCCUCUCUGUUCAGAAAUAACUUCUGUGGGUAACUAUGUGAUAAUAUUCUAUUUUCCAUACACUGAUGUUUCAACAAAUAACACAAAAAGCAAUCACAGAAAUAAAGUGACAAAGCACUUAUAAGCAGCUUUAUGCAGGGUGAGUUUUCUUCUUUGUAUGCCUGCUUUUUCCUGUUUUGCAAAAAGCAGUGGCAGAUACUCUUCACACUCCCACACAGGUGGGAACAUGAAGAAAAUUUGCCUUCACCUGCUUGUGUAAGGAUCUGUUGUCUGAUUUUUUUUGUUGCCUUGUGUUUAAUAUUACCAAUUUGUAUUUUUUAAUGUUAACUAGUGCCUUGCAGCUUUUACUCCUACUGUGUGUGCUUUUACUCCUACUUUGUCACUGAGUGUUUACCAUCUGGUUGUUAUGUGAAGCAGCGUUGUUAAAUAUACCAUGGAGUAUCUGGGUUUCUCUGAGUCUCACACUGGCUGGAAGUGAAUUGGUACAUUUGGUAGUAGAUAUUUGAGCUGUUUCUGAGUCUGAAAAAGUUCAACAGGUGGUUCUUUUUUGGCAAUAAAGCUUGGACAAUUCUGAAUCCUGAAUGUUGGCUUGUUCUCCUUAAAUAAAAAUUACUAAUUGAAGGAAGCAUUAAAACCCAAUUCCCAGUGAAUUCUAGGUGAUAUUUUUUGGCAGUCAGGGAAUAUCCCAGAGAGAUUGCCAAUGUAAACACUGUGCGUGCUACCAUGGGCUUCUUCCGUUUCCUCUUGUCUUUGGUACAACUACGUUGGCACUGACUUCAUCAGCUGCCGUUGUUCAAGCUUCUGGAGUUGAACUGUGCUGCCAAUUGUUUGGGAAUUACUGUCUAAAAUUAGAGUCUCUUUAGCCAGCAAGAUCUCCAUGCGGCAGGGAACAUUAUAUGCAGGUUGUUGUCCUGCUUCCACUCUCUGGAAAGGGGAUAUGAAUGCAAGACAGCCAGACAGGUUUUGGACAGCUGGAGAAAGCAAAUGAUGAGGUAUGACCUUUUGCUCAAACUGUGUCCAAUGGGCAUAAUUUGAGUUCAGCAUGAUAUUUUUGUGAAUAUUUGUGGCUUUGUGAAUGGCUUUUUAGCUUGUAAGGUUUUUAUAGAAACGCAGUUUAUAGUUUAUUCAAUACGAGUUGUGAAGAGUUGGUGGAAACCACAGAUGCUUUCAGAGGUGGAAAGCCUCUGAAAGAUCCCAAGUUUGGCACCUUUCAGAGGCUUAGAGAACCUGGUCCCAAAUACUUCCAGUUACCUAGUUUAAAAGCACAUAGGAUUUACUAAUUUCUUUUAAAACCCCCAACACUUAUAUAUAUAAUUGUAUUUGUGUUAUGAGUUAUGAUGUAGUUUAUUAAAAUCAGGGCUAGCAAGAUGAGCAGUAUUGUCAGUGCAAAGCAUGCUCGAACACUGUCUCUGCUGGUGGGGAUUUCACAUUGUGAAUAUUGGAGCUUGUCUCUGUGGACAGGAAGGAGAAAGUUGUAUAUCAUAUGCCAAGAAUUAUUUAGUAAUUAAAAAUUAGUUUUAUUAGACAACUUUUGCACUAUCUGCUUAAUUUCUUAGGUGUAAUUAAGAUAUAGUCACCUUGUACUGAUAUGGAUGUAAAAUUAAUGCCUAAUUUGCCUGAGAAGGCUGUUUUUCCUUUGAAGGUCUGGCCACAUAUUUCCCAUUUCCCCUUUACUUCUACCCCAUGUUAAAGAAAAAGGGGAAGCAAAUAGCCAGUUUUAAAAUUCAUGUUCUCAAAUGUUAAUUUGAUGCUUUGAAGCAUAAAUGACCUUUUUAACCUACCCAAACAAAGAAACUAUAGAAGUAAGCUGCUUUGUUCUAAUACAACAGGCUGCUUCUCAGGGAGAAUUUCUAAACAAUUCUUCCUCCCUCUUCUCAACUACAUUAAAUUAAACUUUGUCCUUUGCUAAAUUUGAAUUUAAAUGUGUAUAUAUGUUGUUGGAGAGAUAAGAGGGGAAUCUAGACUAUGUGUCCAUAUUUGCCUAUGGAUUUCACGUCCUGAAACCCAGGGCAAGUGGAUAAUGCUUUCAAUCACAGCUACUCCAGCUGGUAUUACUUAGCACUGCAAAAGAAGUUAGGUGUGUAUCAGAAGCUAAGGGAAGGCUUAAAAAGGGGGUUUUGUCUUGUUUCAGAACUAAGGAGUGAGGAAGAAAGAUGGGGAGACGAGAAAUAAAACAGCCAUCAUUUCUUGAAACCUGUUAUUUAACUGUUUGGAUGGCUAUAUACACCUUGGAGGUCAGAUUUUAAAACUUAAAUAUAAAGGUUUCUUAACUUAGUUUAAUUGAGAUUGGAACUGUGAUGAAGUGUGUACUGUACAAACAGGAAAAACAGUUGGUGCAUCAAUGACUGUCAUUAUCAGUUUUACCAGACAAAAGAAAUACAGAAAAGGACAAGGUGGAAGAUGUAAGGCAAUAUACAAAUAAUAAAUGUAUUUAUAAAAGAAAAUGUUUUCAUUUCUACCUCUAUCCAAAAAGAAAAUAAAUGGAAUUUGAUACUUGAAUAACAGUCUUCUCUGCCAUCUGUGUUUGUAACAUUUGAAAGUAAUCUCUUGGAAGAGUGACAUGUUUCUGAGGCAAGCACCACAUUACAAGCUUUUUCUGUAGGACAUAAACAGAGUUAGAGUAAUAGUCUGGUGUUGCAUUUCUUAUAGCUUGUCUCUUUUUGUUUAUCCAUAUUUUUUGCCUUUUCUAACAAUGAUCUGCACCCCCCCACCCCCCCCCCCCCCCAAGAAAAAAGGUGUAUCUAAUUGUUUAAUUUCUUCUGACUUCAGAAAUUGAAAUAUGUCCUUUAGUCACUAUUUUUUCCUAUUACUUACCUGUUUGGAGAUUUACUUGGCAUCUCUGCUGUAUAACCUGUGUUGAUCUUGUUUAUCUACAGCUCAAGCCUGCUGUAAGAGUCAUAGACAGAUGUGAGAAUGCAGCACCUGUCAUUUUCAAAUACUCAGCAGGUUUUCACUUGAGUGGCACAGUAACAGAGCCUGCAAUGCAAUCGGAGCCAGAAACUGUUUGCAAUGUAGCUAUCAGCUUUGAUCGUUGCAAGAUUACCUCAGUGACCUGUAGCUGUGGAAACAAGGACAUAUUUUACUGUGCCCACGUUGUGGCACUCUCUUUAUACCGGAUCCGCAAACCAGAUCAGGUCAAACUGCAUCUUCCCAUUUCAGAGACACUCUUUCAAAUGAACAGAGACCAACUACAAAAAUUUGUGCAGUAUUUGAUCACAGUACACCACACAGAAGUUUUGCCAACUGCUCAAAAAUUAGCAGAUGAAAUUCUUUCUCAGAAUUCAGAAAUCAAUCAAGUCCAUGGUGCUCCUGACCCAACAGCAGGUGCUAGCAUAGAUGAUGAAAAUUGCUGGCAUUUGGAUGAGGAACAAGUCCAAGAACAGGUUAAACUCUUCCUUUCCCAGGGUGGAUACCAUGGAUCAGGGAAGCAGCUCAAUUUGCUUUUUGCGAAGGUGCGAGAGAUGCUAAAAAUGAGAGAUUCAAAUGGAGCUCGCAUGUUGACGUUGAUAACAGAACAGUUCAUGGCUGACCCCCGUCUGUCGCUUUGGAGACAACAAGGAACUACAAUGACUGACAAGUAUAGGCAGCUCUGGGAUGAACUGGGUGCUCUGUGGAUGUGUAUAGUCUUAAAUCCCCACUGCAAGUUGGAGCAGAAGUCCAGUUGGCUAAAACAGCUGAAAAAAUGGAGCAGUGUGGAUGUUUGUCCCUGGGAAGAUGGAAACCAUGGAAACGAGCUGCCCAAUUUAACCAAUGCUUUGCCUCAGGGUGCAAAUGCUAACCAAGAUUCAUCGAACAGGCCACAUCGGACAGUGUUUACUCGAGCCAUUGAGGCAUGCGAUCUGCACUGGCAGGACAGCCACUUACAGCACAUUAUCAGCAGUGACCUAUACACCAACUACUGUUACCAUGACGACACUGAAAACUUGCUCUUUGACUCUCAGGGGUGGCCCCUCUGGCAUGAACAUGUUCCUACAGCCUGCGCAAGGGUGGAUGCAUUACGAUCUCAUGGAUACCCACGAGAAGCACUGAGGCUAGCAAUAGCUAUUGUUAAUACACUAAGGAGGCAGCAGCAAAAACAGCUGGAAAUGUUCCGGGCUCAGAAGAAAGAACUUCUCCACAGGGGAGUAACCUCAAUAACAAAUCUUGAAGGCUGGGUGGGACACCCUUUGGACCCCAUUGGCACCCUUUUUGGUAGCCUGAUGGAAGCCUGCAGGGUGGACGAUGACAGCUUCCAUGGAUUCUCCGAUUUCACGGAGAACCUGGGGCAAUGCAAAUCUCUGGAGUACCAGCACCUGCCUGCACACAAGUUCCUAGAAGAAGGGGAAUCUUACUUAACUCUGGCUGUGGAAGUAGCAUUGAUAGGGCUGGGACAGCAGCGAAUAAUGCCAGAUGGCUUGUAUGCACAAGAGAAGGUUUGUCGAAAUGAGGAGCAGCUCAUUUCUAAGCUACAAGAAAUUGAAUUGGAUGAUACUCUGGUGAAGAUUUUUCGAAAACAAGCAGUCUUCCUAUUAGAAGGUGGACCAUAUAGUGGCUUAGGGGAAGUCAUCCAUCGAGAGAGUGUUCCAAUGCACACAUUUGCCAAGUAUCUCUUCACCUCUCUCCUACCUCAUGAUGCUGAAUUGGCAUACAAAACUGCACUGAGAGCCAUGCGGUUGCUGGUACUGGAAUCCACAGCUCCUUCAGGAGACCUGUCCCGCCCUCACCACAUUGCAUCUGUUGUUCCAAACCGGUAUCCCCGCUGGUUCACCCUAAGUCAUAUCGAAUCCCAGCAGUGUGAGCUGGCAUCAACCAUGCUAACAGCAGCCAAAGGUGAUGUUCGGAGACUAGAAACAGUGUUAGAGUCCAUCCAGAAAAAUAUCCACUCCUCAUCACACAUCUUCAAACUUGCCCAGGAUGCAUUUAAAAUAGCAACACUCAUGGACAGCUUGCCAGAUAUAACUCUUCUGAAAGUUUCUCUGGAGUUGGGCCUUCAGGUGAUGCGGAUGACGCUGUCAACGCUGAAUUGGCGACGGCGGGAAAUGGUGAGGUGGUUGGUAACAUGUGCAACAGAAGUAGGUGUUUACGCACUGGAUAGUAUCAUGCAAAACUGGUUUACGCUUUUCACUCCAACAGAAGCCACUAGUAUUGUUGCUACAACAGUGAUGUCCAACAGCACCAUCGUCCGUCUGCAUCUCGACUGCCAUCAGCAGGAGAAGCUGGCUGGUAGUGCUAGGACGCUUGCUCUACAGUGUGCCAUGAAGGAUCCUCAAAACUGUGCCCUUUCUGCACUGACCCUAUGUGAAAAGGAUCACAUAGCUUUUGAGACCGCUUACCAAAUUGUUCUAGAUGCUGCUACAGCUGGCAUGAGCUACUCGCAGCUUUUUACCAUAGCACGAUACAUGGAGCACCGGGGUUACCCCAUGCGGGCCUACAAGCUGGCCACUUUGGCCAUGACACAUCUCAACCUGAGUUACAAUCAGGACACACACCCUGCCAUUAAUGACGUUCUGUGGGCAUGUGCGCUCAGCCACUCCCUUGGGAAAAAUGAGCUUGCAGCUAUAAUACCUCUAGUGGUCAAAAGUGUCAAGUGUGCAACAGUACUGUCGGACAUUUUGCGAAGGUGUACUUUGACCACUCCUGGCAUGGUGGGACUUCAUGGAAGGAGGAACUCUGGAAAGCUCAUGUCACUGGACAAAGCCCCUUUACGGCAACUCCUGGAUGCCACAAUCGGAGCCUACAUUAAUACGACUCAUUCACGUCUCACUCACAUCAGCCCACGACACUAUAGUGAGUUUAUAGAGUUCCUCAGCAAGGCAAGAGAGACCUUCCUAAUGGCUCAUGAUGGUCACAUCCAGUUUACACAGUUUAUUGACAACCUAAAACAAAUCUACAAAGGCAAAAAGAAACUGAUGAUGCUGGUUCGUGAACGGUUUGGUUGAUGAAAAUGUGUGAAUGGGGGAUUGGGGGGGAGGGGUGGUUUAU